GUAACACCAGUUGUAAACCCAAGGCCAAGAGACCAUGGCCACGUUAGCCCGGCUGCAAGCUAGGUCGUCGACUGUAGGAAAUCAGUACUACUUUAGGAACAGUGUUGUAGAUCCAUUUAGAAAAAAGGAGAAUGAUGCAGCAGUUAAAAUCCAAAGCUGGUUUCGAGGAUGUCAAGUUCGGGCAUAUAUCAGGCAUUUAAACAGGAUUGUAACAGUUAUUCAAAAAUGGUGGAGAAGUUUCUUAGGCAGAAAGCAAUAUCAACUAACUGUGCAGGUAGCAUAUUAUACUAUGAUGAUGAAUCUCUACAAUGCAAUGGCUGUCAGGAUUCAGAGACGAUGGCGAGGCUAUAGGGUUCGGAAGUACCUCUUUAAUUAUUAUUAUUUGAAAGAGUACCUGAAAGUCGUUUCAGAGACCAACGAUGCAAUUAGGAAGGCACUGGAGGAGUUUGCAGAAAUGAAAGAAAGAGAAGAGAAGAAGGCUAACCACGAAAGGGAAGAGAAGAAAAGAGAUUACCAAGCCCGAAAGAUGCAUUACCUCCUCAGCACAAAGCAGAUUCCAGGAAUAUACAAUUCACCCUUCAGAAAAGAACCUGAUCCACGGGAGUUGCAAUUACAAAAGGCAAAGCCUUUAACACACCGAAGACCUAAAGUUAAGCAGAAGGACUCCACCAGCCUUACUGAUUGGCUAGCUUGUACAAGCACCCGUUCUUUUCCUCGGUCUGAAAUUCUACCACCUAUUAAUAGAAAGCAAUGUCAGGGGCCCUUCCGAGAUAUCACCGAAGUAUUAGAACAACGCUACAAGCCUUUGGAGCCAACGUUGCGGGUGGCAGAACCAAUCGAUGAAUUAAAGUUGGCCAGAGAGGAGCUCAGAAGAGAGGAAUGGCUGCGAAAUGUAAAUGACAAUAUGUUUUUGCCAUUUUCUUCAUACCAUAAAAAUGAAAAGUACAUCCCAUCAAUGCAUUUAUCAAGCAAGUAUGCUCCUAUUUCUUACAAAGAACAAUUCCGAAGUGAAAAUCCUAAGAAAUGGAUCUGUGACAAGGAUUUCCAGACUGUAUUACCAUCAUUUGAGCUCUUCUCGAAGUAUGGAAAAUUAUACUCAAAAGCUGGACAGAUUGUAUAAAGAAAACAGAAGAUGAAAUGUAAAACUGAGAUUAAGGUGUGAAGUGAGUGUGAAUAGAAGACCCAACACUGCCUGGAGUCCUGGAUUCUUCCACGUCUGAUGAGUGACCUUGAAUCUCUUAAUCUCUCUAGUUUUCUCUCUCUUAGGUGUCAGAAGAAGAAACUGAAGCCAUCUGCAUUUUAAAACUUAACAGUUCUGAAAGGAAAACACAGAUGAAGAUCCUGUAGGAAAUAUACUUGCUAUGAUUCAAUAAACUAUAAAAUUUUGUAGCUGUA